AGAUGUUCUUCAAUUAUUUCAUAACUUACAUGUUAAAAAGAAGCCAAGACUGUUGAUAAGCAGGUUCCAGCAGGUGAAAGAUAGACAUUUAGUCAGCACAAGAGCAGCUAGCACAAGUGAUUAUGUUUUACCCAGGACUAGGUUUGUAACUGGUAAAAGGAUGUUUUGUUUUUCGUGCUGUGAAGUUAUGGAAUGGUUUACCUGAUCUCAUUAGGAAUUUACCAGAAAAAUAUUUUAAACAAAACAUUAGGGGUAUUUUUUAAAGAGUAUUUGAAGUUUUAUUGUAAUUGUAUGACUGUGAUUGAGGGUAUAGCUUCUAUGUAAUAUUAUCUGUAUAGGCUUUGUUGUGUGUGUAUAAUACCAUCCAUGUGUUGUAUGUAUGUUUUUUGGUUUGUGUCUGUUCUAUAUUGUAUUGUGUUUCAGUUAUACUGUAUUGUGUUUAUUUUGUAAUGUUUUUAUGCUAUGGACUCUUGGAAGAAUAGCCCAAGUGGGCUAAAAGAGAUCCACACUGUCUCUCAAAAAAGGGGCCUCAUCACCCCCCACAAUAGAACUGAAUAAUGUCGCCCUCCUCUGGUUAAAUGUAGUUUUAAGCGAGGCCUUUUGAAGCUCUGUCAAACUAUUUCUUUUCCUUAUAUCCCAUUAAUAUGAUUACAUGACUGUUGAUGUGCCAUCAGGUAUUAUGCUGAUUAUAAAAUUUUUCCAUACAUAAAAAGACAACAGCAGAAACAUGCUGUAUAACAUUUAGCAUCAUUAGAUUCAAACAAUUUAUCUAAAAUAAUUCAUACCUUACAAAAACAUGUGUGUAACUGCAAUAUAAGUCCUGUGGUAAUUUUAAUAUAGUUAUAUUUAUAAAUUCUGCUCUCUAAUCUCAACAUUACAGCAGCAAUUUAAUGCCAUUUGCUUCACAGCAUACAUCACAUACAACUCUAAAUGUAAAGUCUAUAUCAACGACAGAACAAAGUAAAUUGUUAGUACAAUACGCUUCUGAUGUCGCAUGUUUUGGCAUCGUGCAUGUGGAUUGACUCCUGAUAUAACAGGAUCAGUAACAAAGCCACACCCUUCACUUCCUGAUGCACUGUGUUAAAUGGGAAGUUCUGUCAAUCAAAUAUGCAGAGGAACAGAGGAAGUCACACUUAGUGCAGACAGAUGCUGAUGUUGAACUAAAUGACACAGUUUCAGCAGAGACAACAGAGGCUGUUUCCCCCUUUCUGUGACCAUGCAGCUGUUGAAAUGCAUUUUAAUUAUCCAACUGAGCUGUCUUUGUCAAGCUUCUCAGAACCAAACAUCCACUCAAACAGACCCAACUCAUGUCCAGGUGACAGUGGAGGGAAAUAACACAAGAGGGAGAACACAUGAAGAAUUCAACAGUGACCCUUAUGUCCACAAACUAUCUGGUAAAUGCCACUUUGCACUCAGGAUUCCUGGAAACAGGAACAGUGAUGUGGUGGCAUUACCAGCAGGCUCUACAGACAUGUUGCUUGAACAGAUCUGUCAGGAACUUGACUGUGGCAGCGUCUAUGAGAAAACAACCAGUUCACCUCCCAAUACCACAUGCUUUCAACACUGUGUGUACGAAGAUGGUCGUUUGCAGAACUGUUUACAGAGUGUGAGAGGGAACUGCACUGUGAUUGCUGAUGUUGUUUGUGGCCACCACAAUGUUCGGCUGGCAGGAGGCCCAGACCGCUGUGCUGGACGGGUGGAGCUGUGGAGAGAUGGGAGUUGGGGCACCGUGUGUGACGACCAGUGGGACCUGCGGGAUGCAGACGUGGUGUGCGCCCAGCUCGGCUGCGGUUACGCCCUUAAUGUGACGGGACAGGGUGGCUCCUUCCCCCAGGGCAAAGGACCCGUCCACCUGGACGAGCUCAACUGUACCGGCAGGGAGGAGAACCUGUGGGCCUGUCCGGCCGCACAGGACGAGACAGACUGCGGACACAAAGAGGAUGCCGGGGUUGUUUGCUCAGAGAUGAGAGCAGUCAGACUGACUGGAGGUCUGGACCACUGCUCUGGUAUAGUGGAGAUCCACCGUAAUGGCAGCUGGGGUACAGUGUGUGAUAACUGCUGGAAUGUGAACCUGGCCUCCAUGGUGUGCUCCAUGCUGCAGUGUGGAACAGAGCCGCAGCAAUUCACCCGGUUUGUUCCUCCUCUUGCCCACAACAACGGGUCACUGUGGUUCUAUCAAUGUGAUCGAAACAUGCAGAGUCUAUUCGAGUGCGACGAGUAUGUCAACCUAGCACACCUGUGCGCAACCUCAAAAGCAUCUGGUGUCAUCUGUAAAGGCUCCCUUGGGUUUCCUGUACCCACCACAGCCACCACAGCUAAUACAACUGUAAUGACCAGUUGGACGACUGGUGCAACCAUAGUCAGUCAUGCUGGAGGCUUCCUCCUACCAUCGCCGGUGUUGCUCGGCACCAUCGCUGUGGCUCUUGUGCUCCUCGUGGUUCUCAUCACAAACUCAGUGCUUUGCUGCCACUACAGAAGAAGACACGCUUUCUUGCUUCAGCAGACGCGCAGCAGUGCAAGACCUCUCUCUGAACAUCAUCACAACAACUACCAAGAAACCGUCGACCUCAUCAAGAUUACUCCCAACCCACUGCAAACCGAAGCCCCCUCCAACCCCAGGUAUCUUUGGACCCAGCUUAGUAGUGUUGACAGCACGUCAGUAGAUACAGACUAUGAGCAGUAUGAGCCAAGCACUGACCCAUCUGUCCCUUUGUCAACCUUUCGGAAUUCUCAGAGGUACAGAACAGAUGUGAACCCUUUGAUGAGGCCAUCAGGCCUUGACAGCCUCUUUGAGGAAGUCCCUGAACCCACAAAUGAAGCGACGGGAGCCUUUACAAGCUGUAAUGGCGGCCCUGCAGAGGCUCAAUAUGCCCGAGUGUCAAAGAUCUCAGUGGACUCAUUUGAAACCUCCAGUACCUCCUCUGGGGAAUUCUACGAAAAUACAAACAACGGUUACGUCAUGGUCACUCCCGAUUCAGAACCCGGCCAGUCAUCUGUUGUCAACAAUGCUUUUGACCCUUCAGGGCUUGCCUACAGCAAAGAUCCACUUCACCCGAGACAAACAACAAACCUGCAGAGUUCAGGUGAUGAAGAUGAUGGCCCUAUCUACUCCCCUGUGAGCCCUGACCAAAACUUUUCAUCUGAGGAUGACUACGAUGACAUCGGCACCUAAACAGAAGACGCAACUCCAGCUCUCAGAGACCAGAGAGGGUGGGACUGAAGCUGCAAAACUGCUCUGAGAGGAAACACGUACUGUGAGACGAAACACCUGUCUAGACUAAGGAAACACAAAGAGCAUCCAUUUGGUGAUUUGCAGGCUAAAAUAAAUCUAUAAAUUUGGGUUAAAACUGGACUCAAUUUGGUUUAAAAGUGUAAGUCUAGGUUACAUAACUAUUGUCUUAACAGCAUUUGAAUAACUACUGUACACUUCAUUGUGUGCGGUAGUUAAUAUUCAAUGCUGUUGAUGCAAGAGUUGUGUGGGACCUUGGCAUUUAAUACAAAAUGUUCUUUUCAACCAGAUUCACAACAGUUUUGACACAGAUUUCCUGACUGACUUUUGAUGUGCAACAUACCAAACACACUGUUUCCUGUGAACUGCAAUAAUAUAAGUUCAGUGUACAGUUGUUGAAACUUGACACAUGAUUAACCCACUGCAGGUUUACCCAUCCAUUAACCUACCUAUCACAAUGGGCAAGUUGUUGCCUUGUUUUUUACAGUUGUGAUCACAGACUGUUUUAAAAAACACUCUUAUGGUGCACUUAAUGAUGCUCAGACAUCUGACAGUCAAAUGCCAUUGAGAGUUGGCUAUAAAAAGGCAUUGCACCCAUUCAUUUCUGACCAAAAAUCAAACCCUGUAGACAAAUGACAAGCACAUUUUGAUGUUGUGGAAGGAGUAAUGUGUGAUUUUGCUCCUGUUUUGUGUUAAAAAGUUACAGCUCACUCUGAAAUGUGUCAUGUCCAAGCAUCCUGGAAGUGGACUUUUCAGAUCAGUCCCUGCUUUUAGCUGCAUUGCCAUAUAAAUAAGAAAUAUGUGUUGAAAAAUGUCCACUCUGAUUGAUUAGUUUCAAGACCCUGCAAAUUAACUUUUACAGUGCACUGACAUUAACCGAAAA